GUAAAAUACUUCACCCACCACAGCACCAGAUACUACUGGGACGAGGAGAUGCAGAACUUUGAAUUAUAUCAAGGCCUGGAGGAUUUGAAGCUGAACUGUGCACACGUCCACUCGGAACACAGCUCUGGACUUUCCAAAACCCUGCAGGACUUUAGGAGGUUGUUUUUUGGGGAGAAUGAGAUAGCCGUGCGAGUUCCCUCCAUGUUCAAGCUUCUCAUUAAAGAGGUUUUGAACCCUUUUUACAUCUUUCAGCUCUUCAGUGUUAUUUUAUGGAGUGUUGAAGACUACUACUACUUUGCCUCAGCCAUUGUUUUUAUGUCCAUCAUAUCAAUAGCUACCUCAUUGUAUACUAUUAGGAAGCAAUAUGUGAUGCUACACGACAUGGUGGCAGCACACAGUGUGGUUAGAGUUUCAGUGUGCAGAGGAAACAAAGAAAUCGAACAGGCCAUGUCAACGGAGCUCGUCCCCGGUGAUGUCAUCGCUAUCCCAGCUAAUGGGAUGGUAAUGCCCUGCGAUGCCAUCCUCUUCCAGGGAACCUGUGUUGUGAAUGAGAGUAUGCUGACAGGCGAGAGUGUUCCAGUGACCAAAACCAGUCUGCCCAGUGCAGGUGAAGACGCAGCUCAGCUCUACAACAUGGAGGAACACAAGAGACACACACUGUUCUGUGGAACCCAUGUCAUCCAGACCCGGUACUACACAGGUGAACUGGUGAAGGCUGUUGUGGUCAGAACAGGUUUCAGUACAGAGAAAGGCCAGCUCGUACGCUCUAUACUCUACCCUAAACCUACAGACUUUAAGUUGUACCGUGAUGCUUACCUGUUCCUGCUGUGUCUGGUCGGGGUCGCAGCGAUCGGCUUCAUCUACACCAUCGUCCUCAGCAUCAUGAGCAAGGUUCCAGUUAGAACCAUCAUCAUUGAAUCUUUGGACAUCGUUACCAUCACUGUCCCUCCGGCCUUACCUGCAGCCAUGACAGCCGGGAUCGUGUAUGCUCAGCGGCGCCUGAAGCGGGCCGGCAUCUUCUGCAUCAGCCCCCAAAGAAUCAACAUGUGUGGCCAGCUUAACCUGGUCUGCUUUGACAAGACUGGUACUCUCACUGAGGAUGGAUUGGACCUGUGGGGAAUUCACAGGACAAAAGAUGGCAGUUUUUCUCCACCAGAGCAAGAAGCAACCGAGGGCCAUCUGGUAAACACUCUGUUUGUAGCCUGUAUGGCAACCUGCCACUCACUGACCAACAUAGACGGGGAGCUCUCUGGAGACCCCUUAGACCUCAAGAUGUUUGUGGCUACAGGCUGGAUAUUAGAAGAGCCAACAGAGGAAGAGACUGCUCUUCACAAUCCGUUAAUGCCCACUGUUGUUCGACCUCCAAAGCCCAAAGUCACCGAAGCCAAUCAGAACCAACAAGUCCAUAACCAGUCCUAUGAGAUCGGGAUUGUGCGUCAGUUCCCCUUCUCUUCGGUGCUACAGAGGAUGAGUGUGGUGGUCAGGAGGUUGGGGGAGAAGCACAUGGAAGCCUUCCUGAAGGGGGCCCCGGAGGUAGUUGUCGGCCUUUGCAAACCGCUCACAGUCCCACAGAGUUUCACAGAGACUCUGGAGAGCUACACGAGGCAGGGCUUCAGGGUUAUUGCUCUGGCACAUCGACAGCUGGAGUCCAAACUGUCAUGGCACAAAGUCCAGAACCUCAGCAGGGAUCUGAUAGAGACCAACAUGGACUUCCUUGGUUUGAUCAUCAUGCAGAACAAGAUCAAACCUGAGACCGCCGGUGUUUUAUGUGAACUCCACCAGGCCAACAUUCGUACUUUAAUGGUCACAGGAGACAACAUGCUGACAGCUAUUUCUGUGGCUCGAGACUGCGGGAUGGUCCGUCCUCAUGAGAAGGUCAUUAUURCUGACGCUGCACCCCCCAAAGACUCCCACCCUGCCAGCAUCACAUGGCGAUACACUGACAUGUCUGCUCAGACUGCUAAGGACAAUCAGACUGCACAGAUAAUGGUGGAGGAGGAGACGCAUCACUUCGCUGUGAGCGGCAGAGCCUUUGCUGUCAUCACAGAGCACUUUCCUCAGCUGCUGCAGAAGCUCGCACUGGAAGCCACCGUGUUCGCUCGCAUGGCUCCAGACCAGAAGACUCAGCUGGUGGAAGUCCUGCAGGGCAUCGACUAUAUCGUUGGAAUGUGUGGUGAUGGUGCCAAUGACUGUGGAGCUCUGAAGAGAGCUCACGGUGGGAUUUCUCUGUCUGAGCUGGAGGCAUCCGUGGCAUCUCCGUUCACCUCGUCUACCUCCAACAUUUCCUGCGUGCCCAACCUCAUCAGGGAGGGUCGAGCUGCUCUCACGACCUCUUUCUGCGUCUUUAAGUUCAUGGCUCUCUACAGCAUCAUCCAGUACAUCAGCGUCAUCCUGCUCUACUG